AUGGGCAGUCGCGAGGGGUACGGCAGCGGCGGCGAGCUUCCGUUCAUGUCCUCCCGCGCCCGCUCGCAGCGCCGCGAUCUGGAUUCGUGCUCCUUCCUCGAACCUGGGAACGAGUUCUCUCGCCGUCCAUCACUGCUGAAUGACAACUUGGAUGGCGGCCGCCCCAGCCAUGAGUUUGCUCGACGGCCGUCCCUUCUCAGUGAUAACAUGGACCCCUUCCGAUCCAGUGCGAGAGGGGGUCCAUCGCUGUCAUCACUGACGGGUUCAUCACUGGACCCAGUGGACGCGGCUCUCUCGCAGCCCGCCCUCUCAGCGCACCCCAUGCGCGCUCCCACGCCCCUCGAUGCCGCCGCCGCCGGCGUCUCAGGCACAGGCGUUGCUGCCGCCACUCGCUCUGUGGAGCGCUACAUGUCGUACCUCUCUGGCGCCUCCUCCCGCCGCCCUGCCGCCUAUGCGCCGCCCUCGGCCCUCGCCAUCCCAUCUGUUGCCGCACCCUCUGGGAACGCGCUUAGUCCCACGAGUGAGCCCGAGGGCAACAUGCGGCGCCACCGCAGCAGGCGCAGGGCCAUGCAGGAGGACAGGCUGGGCCACCUGGCCGGCAGGACGCACAUGCAGCACUCGCGGUCAGCCAAUGCGUGUGAGCGCGGAUUCAUGAGUGGCGGCGAGGGGGGUCCGGGGCGGUACGAGCGCAUGUCCAUGCUGAGCGGUGCUGUGAGCGAGUCCGAGGGCGCUGUUGCCAUGACCACACGCGCUGCCGCCUACCUCAUGCGCCACACUCCCCCCUCGGGCAGUGUUGAAACCAGUCCUGAGGCAGCGCAGGCAUACCGGUCGCGGUCGGACAAGAGGAUGGGGUCGGCAGCUGCAGCAGCGGUGGCAGCUGUGAGCUCGGGCUACGACUCGCCCACGCCGCCCUCCUCUGCUGCUACACUCGCUGCAGGGGCAGGGGGGAUGGGUGCAAUGGGGGGAAUGCAGGCAGCGGCGAUGGGAGGGCCAGUGCCGCCAGGUGCAGGAAGGACGGAUGGCAGCAUGUCAGACCACUCGUUCAUGUCAGCGCGAACCAGGGCGUCUCUGGCGCCCAUGCACAGACGCUCCUUCGACAACUCCUCCCACAGUCAAUACCGGCGCAACACUGUGGGGUCCGAUGUUGAGGACUCCAGGCAACUCCCGCCCAGCUCAAUACUGGGCGGGGAUGCAGCAGCAUCAAGCUCGUCCACCAUGGGUGCAGGCGCCCCACCAGGAGGGCUGGCUCCCACGCCUCCUGUGGGUCCCUUUGAGCCGGCGCCCCCUCUCGUGCGCCGCCGCACCUACUCUGCUGCUGACGGCUCAGCAGAGGUCUCAGCGGCAGGCAUGGAGCAGUACGUGUGGGGUGGGCUAACAGGGCGCUUGGCAUUGUGCUCUCCUUUUCCGGCCCUCCCUCUCUCUUCCACCCUCUCCUCCCCACCCUCUCCUCCCGGCCCUCUCCCCUCCACACUCUUCCCCCAUCCGCCCCCUUCCCUCCCCUCUCCCCCCGUCAUGGGUGUGAGCAGGGGAAGGCGGCGCACGACAGCACCGGAGGUCAGCGAUGAGGUCGCCAAGAAGGUGCGGGAGUACAACGAGGCGAUUCGCAGGGACAGGAGGGCGUUGAGAGUGGAGACGGCAACAGCAGCAGCGGGCGAGCAGCAGCUCACGGCGGAUGGCAGCGACCUCUCCACUGCUCCCUCGCCGCUCCCCCCCACCUCCUCCACCUCCGUCUCAGCCGCGCCCUUCUCCUCUGUCCUGUGUGUCUCCACAGCAUCUCACUGCACCACCUCCCGCAUCCUCGUCUCACCACAUCCCGUCCAGUAUCCCCUAUUCCAACACUGGCCGCUCACCACAGCACAGCUCUCCCCUGCCAUCCCCGCCACUGCUGCCACCACCCCCUCCACCGCCACCACCCCUGCUGCCACCUCCGCCCCCGCUGCUCCGCCUGCUGCUGCUGCUCCGUCACUCUCUCGUGACUCCAGUGGUGGGGGGCCGGGGCAGCUGGGAGGAGACGAGCAGCGUGCAGGGGAGGGUGGGGGGGAGGAAGCGGGGGGGAUGAGGCCGGAUGAGGGGGACGCUGGGGGCACAGGCGAGGGUGGGGAGGGCAGUGGGGAAGGGCAAGGAAUAAAAGAGACAGGGAGAGCUGAUGAGGAGGAAAGAAAGUGCAGAGGGGAGAGCGGGGGAAAAGAGGGCGGUGUGGAAGAUGGAGGUGGGGUGGAAAACGGUGGCGCGGGGAAAGGAGGGAAGGAAGUAGGUGCGGAGGAGAGAUGUGGGGAGGAAAGAGGUGGGCAGGAGAAGGCUGAAGAGGGGAGGGAUGGCGAGGAGGGAGCAACGGUGCAGCAAGGUGAGAACGCAGAGGGUUCUCAGAAGCAAGGAGCGGAGGGGAAGGAGGUAGGAGAUGGGGAGCAGUCAGGGACAGCAGCAGUCACAGCAGGUGAAGGUGCAGGUGGGGGUGCGGGUGAGAGCGGUGGGAGCAUGCAGCGGCAGCGGCCCGGCAUGAGCCAUCGGUCGCAACCAUCCUUUGGCAACACCAGUGGCAGCUCAGGCUACGUCAGCCCUCUCCAGUCCGCCUCUCCUCGCCCGCACCACCCUGCCUCGCCACCGCCACCCGCCUCCUCCCACCCGGCCUCUCUACGGCGCCCCACACCCCCCGGGGCUUCAGCCCCGGGCAGUGGAGCCCUGUCGUCUGCACCGGGGAGUCAGCACCAGGGCGUGCCCGCUGCUGCUGCGCUGCCUGCUGCUCCUGCUGCUCUGGUGCCAGUGCCACCCGUGGCAGCGCAGGCAGUGCUGGGCAGCGAGCAGUGGACCAUUGACUUCAAUGAACUGCGCCUGGGCAUCCGAGUCGGCAUCGGGUCGUUCGGAGAGGUGUUCAGAGCGGUGUGGAGGGGCACGGAGGUGGCGGUGAAGCGGCUGUUGGUGCAGGACGACCCAUCGCCAGAGGAGUACGAGGACUUCUACAACGAGGCGCCGCAGGUGUGCAUGGUGACGGAGUACAUGCACAUGGGGUCGCUCUACCGCAUCAUCCACUCGCGCGAGCCAGGGCAGGGCGGCGAGUCGCUCAGCUGGAAGCGCCGCUACAAGAUGCUCCGAGACAUCUGCAGGGGCAUGCUAUGUGUGCAGCGCAUGAGCAUAGUGCACCGGGACCUCAAGUCCGCCAACUGCCUGGUGGACAAGCACUGGUGCGUCAAGAUCUGCGACUUCGGCCUCUCCCGCCUCGCCCCCGACGGGCUCGUGCUGGGGCGCACGGCGGCCGGCACGCCCGAGUGGAUGGCGCCGGAGCUGCUGCGCAACGAGCCGUGCUCCUUCAAGUGCGACGUGUUCAGCAUGGGCGUCAUCAUGUGGGAGCUCGUCACCUUGCGCCGCCCCUGGGAGGAUGUUAAGAACCCACUCGAGGUGGCAUAUGCGGUGGCGCAUCGCAAUGCGCGCCUGCCUGUGCCGGACGGCAUGCUAGGGCAGCUCAUAGCAGACUGCUGGGAGGACGACCCAGAGAGGCGGCCCAAUUUUGAGCAGAUUCUGGAGAGGCUGCACGAGUGCGAGUACCUUGAUGUGUGA